AUUGAAUUAAUAUCUAGGGGGCUUGCGUCUCUGAGCACUUAAUGGACUGAAUAGCUGUAACAGGAUUGUUGCCAUUGAGGGAGAGAGGAAAAAAGGAUGUUAGGAAGUGAGGCAGGCUAAUGGUGCAGUGGAGUAUUGAGAGGAGGAUAGAAAUAGCAAAUAUGCUGAACUUAGCAAGUAAUGCCAGAAGAUGCUGAGCUGACUUCCAAACCUGCCGCCUGGAAAAGAGCAGACUGCCUUUGUACGUUGGUCUCAAUAUUCUCCCCAUGUUUUUGUGUUUCCUCCCUGUUCUACACAGAAAGCAGUACUUCAUCUCGUCUUGCUAAAGGGGAUUGCAGCAAAAUGAGUCUCCAUGGUGCUAGUGGUGGGCAUGAAAGGUCACGUGACAGACGCAGAUCAAGUGAUAGAUCACGUGAUUCUUCACAUGAAAGGUUAGAAUCUCAGCUCACACCAUGUAUCAGAAAUGUUACUUCCCCAACAAGACAACAUCAAGGAGAGCGUGAGAAGGAUCAUAGCUCAUCUCGGCCAAGCAGCCCUCGGCCUCAGAAAACAUCUCCAAAUGGUUCUAAUAGUAGUCUUGGGAACAGCAGUAGAAACAGCAGCCAGUCAAGUUCAGAUGGGAGUUGCAAGAAUACUGGAGAAAUGGUUUUUGUGUAUGAAAAUGCAAAAGAGGGAGCUCGGAACAUACGAACCUCUGAGAGAGUAACACUUAUAGUGGACAACACUCGAUUUGUUGUAGAUCCUUCUGUUUUUACUGCACAGCCAAAUACAAUGUUGGGCAGGAUGUUUGGAUCAGGAAGAGAGCAUAAUUUCACACGGCCCAAUGAAAAGGGAGAGUAUGAAGUGGCUGAAGGAAUUGGCUCCACUGUAUUUCGUGCUAUUCUGGAUUACUACAAGACUGGGGUGAUCCGCUGUCCUGAUGGAAUAUCUAUACCUGAAUUAAGGGAGGCUUGCGACUAUCUCUGUAUUUCUUUUGAUUACAGUACUAUCAAAUGUAGAGACCUUAGUGCUCUUAUGCAUGAAUUAUCGAAUGAUGGUGCUCGGAAGCAGUUUGAAUUUUACCUUGAAGAAAUGAUACUCCCAUUGAUGGUAGCCAGUGCUCAGAGUGGGGAAAGAGAGUGCCAUAUUGUGGUGCUCACUGAUGAUGAUGUGGUUGAUUGGGAUGAAGAAUAUCCUCCACAGAUGGGGGAGGAAUAUUCACAAAUUAUUUAUAGCACAAAAUUGUAUAGAUUCUUCAAAUACAUUGAGAACAGAGAUGUGGCCAAAUCGGUUCUUAAGGAAAGAGGUCUCAAGAAGAUUCGAUUAGGUAUAGAAGGUUACCCUACAUACAAGGAGAAGGUUAAGAAACGGCCAGGUGGAAGGCCAGAGGUGAUCUACAAUUAUGUCCAAAGACCUUUCAUACGGAUGUCAUGGGAGAAGGAGGAAGGGAAGAGUCGGCAUGUUGACUUCCAGUGUGUAAAAAGUAAAUCUAUUACCAAUCUGGCAGCUGCUGCAGCAGAUAUUCCCCAGGACCAGCUAGUGGUGAUGCAUCCCACUCCCCAGGUGGAUGAACUGGAUAGUCUGCCCAUUCAUCCUCCACCCAGCAACAGUGAUGUGGAUCCUGAGGGACAGAACUUGCCACUCUGAUCCAAACUCUUGGUUAAACAAAAGCAUGCUAUUAUAAAAAAUGAAGAUGCUGUAAUGAGCUCAUACUGCACUGCAAUUCCAGCUUCUCUCCAUUGUGUAAUGAACAUAAAAUGUUUUAGGUUAUUGCAGUAUGGACUUAAAAAAGACCAAAGUGGGAUCUGAUUAUGGUGUGUAGGAGUAUAUGUGUAACAUCAUGAGGUUCAGUUAUAUACCUGCAUUUGUUUACCAGUAAGUAGGUUUUUGUGGUAUUGGUUGUAUGGUGGACUGUCCUCAUCCUAAGGCUCUGUCAGAAAUAGCAGGAUAUGGAGGCUAUGGUUUAUUCAGUAUUUUGGUACACAGUGGGCAAAAUGCAGACUUAAUUGAUAGUGGCACUUUAUAAAUGGUGGACAAAAAAAUUCUCAAAGCCAUUUUUAUAGUCACGAUGCACAAUGUUGACUAACAAGAGUGCUUCUUUUGGAGACUUUCUAUUCAGCUAAAUGUAAAUAGUUCUGAACAGAUAUGAUGAGCCUGCUUAACUCUAUUCUCUUAUGGAUGAGCACAAAAUUCUUGCCACUGGGGCUUUUGGGUUGUGAUCCAAUGGCCAUUUUUUCAGACUUAUCCAAUGAAGGGUUUUUCAUGUUUGAUGUGAGCCUUGUGCAAGGGUCAGAAACAACCGAUAUGGGCUUUAUCUUUAAAAAUUGCCUUACCUUAAAUCUGUUCACAGAAAUAUUUAUUUACGGAGAGGUUUUUUCAUAUGUUAUGGAAUAGAUAAAUGCAAAUCGUUCACUCUUCACUUAUUAACUGAUUGUAAACUCAAGUUUUUCAUUCAAAUAAAAAUUGCCAUUAUUUUAA